ACACGCCUUAGUGAGCGAUAUCGUGUUAUUUUCCUACUUUUUCGUAAUUAAUCGUAUUAAUUUUAACUUGAGUGUGUUAAAUUGUGUGUAUAACUGUCUAAUUGUGUAGUGCUCUGUGUUAAUUACAGCACUUUCUUCAAAAUAGCGUCGAUUUUAAGAACCCCGUCACCAAUGGCCACCCUCACGGACCCCUAUGGCACUACAGGUCAGCUCACCCUAAAGUGGGACCCCAAGAACCUGGAGAUAAGGACCAUGUCGGUGGAGCGCACCCUCGAGCCCUUGGUGCUGCAGGUCACCACUCUGGUGAACAGCAAGGAUAAAGCGGCUAAGAAGAAAAGACCGGGCAAGUCUAAACGUGCGAGCGCCCUCGUGGCGACCGUGGAGCGUGCUACGGAGAUCUUCAUAGAAAGGGGGCAGACAAUCGCCUAUGAGAACCCGGAGAUCACCCAGGAGAUGCUAGCCGCCGUGGAGGAAGUCAGAAAGGCUGGCGCGGCCAUGGGGCUGGCGGCGCGCGAGUUUUCGUCGGAGCCGUGCGCGUCGAGCGUGCGCUCGGGCAUGGUGCGCGCGGCGCGGGCGCUGCUGUCGGCGGUGACGCGGCUGCUCAUCCUGGCCGACAUGGUGGACGUGCAGCUGCUGCUGGGCCAGCUGCGCGGCGUGGAGCGCGACCUGCAGGCGCUGCGCGGCGCCGCGUCGCAGGCCGAGCUGGCGGACGCGGCGCGGCGCCUGGCGCGCUCGGCCGCCGCGCUGGCCGCGCAGGCGCAGCGCCGCCAACGCGAGCUCAAGGAGCCGCGGCUCAAAGACGAGCUGGCGGCCGCGCGCGCCGUGCUCAAGAAGCACUCCACCAUGCUGCUCACCGCCUCCAAGGUGUACGUGCGACACCCCGAGCUGGCGGCCGCCAAGGCCAACCGUGACUUCGUGCUUCGCGCCGUGUGCUCCGCCGUCGACACCAUCUCCGCCGUGGCGCAGGGCCGCCCGCUGCCGCCCUCAGGUAACAGCCGCGUGCCAGUGGAGGGUCCCGGGGAACUUGCGCAGGCGCUUGACGAUUUCGAUGAGCGCAUGGUGAUGGAGCCGCUGGCCUACUCGGAGCUGCGCACGCGCCCGUCGCUGGAGGAGCGCCUGGAGUCCAUCAUCUCCGGCGCCGCGCUCAUGGCCGACAGCUCGUGCACCAGGGACGAGCGUCGCGAACGCAUCGUUGCGGAAUGCAACGCCGUGAGGCAAGCCCUCCAGGAUUUGUUGCACGAGUACAUGAGCAAUACGGGGCGCUCGGAACAGUCGGAGGGGUUGGAGCGCGCGCUCGAGCAGAUGUGCCGCAAGACGCGGGACCUGCGGCGACAGCUGCGGAAGGCGGUGGUCGACCACGUGUCCGACAGCUUCUUGGAAACCAACGUGCCACUGCUGGUGCUGCUGGAGGCGGCCCGCAGCGGCAACGAGAAGGAAGUUGAGGAGUACGCGAUCGUGUUCACCGAGCAUGCCAAUAAGCUUGUGGAGGUCGCCAAUUUGGUGUGCUCAAUGUCCAACAACGAAGACGGCGUCAAGAUGGUGCGCCACGCGGCCGGACAGAUCGAGGCGCUCUGCCCGCAGGUGAUCAACGCGGCGCGCGUGCUGGCGGCGCGCAGUCGGUCGCGCGUGGCGCAGGAGAACGCGUCGGCCUUCGCGCGCGCCUGGGAGGCCGCCGUGCGCCUGCUCACCGACGCCGUGGACGACAUCACCACCAUCGACGACUUCCUCGCCGUCAGCGAGAAUCACAUCCUGGAAGACGUCAACAAGUGCGUCGUGGCGCUACAGGAGGGUGACCCGGACUCGCUGGAGAGGACCGCCGGGGCCAUCCGUGGCAGAGCUUCCAGGGUGUGCUCCGUGGUGACGCAGGAGAUGGACAACUACGAGCCCUGCAUCUACACCAAGCGGGUGCUGGAGGCCGUCACCGUGCUGCGCGACCAGGUGAUGUCGAAGUUCGCGGUGCGCGUGGACGCCGCCGUGUCGGCGCUGGGCGGCGGGGCGGGCGCGGGCCUGGACGAGAAUGACUUCAUCGACGCGUCGCGCCUUGUGUACGACGCCGUGCGCGAGAUCCGACGCGCCGUGCUCAUGAACAGGACCAGCGACGACCUCGACACGGACACGGAGUUCGAGCCCGUGGAAGACAUGACCAUGGAGACCAGGAGCCGAUCGAGUGCUCAUACUGGAGAGCACGGCGUGGAUGAGUACCCGGACAUCAGCGGCAUCACGAACGCCAGGGAAGCCAUGCGCAAAAUGACGGAGGAAGACAAGCGCAAGAUCCUGCAGCAAGUGGAGCUGUUCCGGCGCGAGAAGAUGACCUUCGACAACGAGGUGGCCAAGUGGGACGACGCGGGCAACGACAUCAUCAUGCUGGCCAAGCACAUGUGCAUGAUCAUGCUGGAGAUGACGGACUUUACCAGGGGCCGCGGGCCGCUCAAGACCACGAUGGACGUCAUCAACGCCGCCAAGAAGAUCUCGGAGGCCGGCACCAAGCUUGACAAACUCACGCGGGAGAUCGCCGAGCAGUGCCCGGAGUCGUCCACCAAGCAGGACCUGCUGGCCUACCUGCAGCGCAUCGCGCUGUACUGCCACCAGAUCCAGAUCACCAGCAAGGUCAAGGCCGACGUGCAGAACAUCUCCGGCGAGCUCAUCGUCAGCGGGUUGGACAGCGCCACGUCUCUGAUACAAGCGGCCAAGAACCUCAUGAACGCUGUGGUGCUGACUGUGAAGGCCUCCUACGUCGCCUCCACCAAGUACACCCGCCAGGGCACCAUCGCGUCGCCGAUAGUGGUGUGGCGCAUGAAGGCGCCGGAGAAGAAGCCUCUCAUCCGGCCGGAGAAGCCGGAGGAGGUGCGCGCCAAGGUGCGGCGCGGCAGCCAGAAGAAACAGCCCAGCCCCGUGCACGCGCUGGCGGAGUUCCAGAGCCCGGCCGAGAGCGUGUGAUGCAGUACAGCUCUUCUGGGCGGCGGAUGAACUUAAAUAUUUAAUAUUUAUAUAUUACUAUUAUAUUAGAAUAUUCAAAAAAUUAAAAAAAAACAACUAAAUUAUUAUUACUAGAGCUCACGUAUAGAUACACCAAUGUAUUUGAUUUUUCGCUCACAAUGUAUUUAAGUAGAUAGUAGAUUUAGUAUACUUUAUAAAAUAUACAUUCAAUUUAUUUUAGUGGACACUAAAUUAAAUCUUCGCUUCUUACGGGCCGGUUUUUCAAUGACCGAAACCUCUGAGGUAUUUUAACAGUGGCGACAUCUCUUAACUAAAGCGACAGGUGUAAAAUAGUGCUGUACCUUUCACCAAAGAAAAACGUGAAGAGGGAGUUACUUUAGGAGCUGUUUUAAAAAUAAAUUUGCCAAACUAGCAUUACUACAUAACGUAUUGAAAAAUUGGCCCGAAAUAUAUUGUUAGCUUUUGCUCUUAACUUGAUUGAAAUUAACUAUGUGGUAGUUGGUGGUAUCGUAGAA